GAUCGCAGCGCGGCCAUGAAGGGUCCCCUGAGCGGGGGGAUCUUCUCCCGCCACGUCAAACGGCACCCCGGGCUCGUUCCUCUCAUUGGCUUCAUCAGCGUGGGGCUGGGCAGCGCCGUGCUGUACCUGGUGAGGCUGGCAUUGUACAGCCCUGAUGUCAGCUGGGACAGGAAGAACAAUCCAGAGCCCUGGAACAAGCUGAGCCCCACAGACCAGUACAAAUUUCUGGCAGUUUCCACCGACUACAAGAACCUCAAGAAGGAGCGGCCGAGCUUCUGAGGCAGCGCUGGGCCGCAGGAGGAGCCU